UGACGGAUUACGCCAGAAGUACCUCUAGGUACAUACACCCACUGCAUGCAGACUUCUGAGAAGAAGGCGGCAGCUCCGCCUUGCUUAUUGUAUGCAUGUAUUCACACGGCAUCUUGUACUAGGAUACAUCACUGCAGGAAAGAUGAAUCCGAUGCCGCCUUGGUUAUAGUUGGAAAAAGUCAUAUGAUGCUAACCUCUUGGCAGAAUACGUUAUUUCAGAGUCUAGCAUCAUCAUUACUUUCCAGGAUUCGACAUUAGCAAAUGGUUACUGCAUUUGUGAAAAUUCAUUGUAUCUGUCCUCCUUUACAGCCGCAAUGACUCUUCCACUCACUAUGAAAGCUGUCGUUUUCGACAGACCAUACAAAGUCUCUAUCCAAGACCGCCCGGUUCCUCGAGUUCAGGAUGAUGGAGAUAUUGUUGUCAAGGUAGAGGCUACUGCUAUCUGCGGCUCUGAUUUGCAUGUUUACCGUGGUCUCGAACGUACCACGUCUGGCACCAUAAUGGGUCACGAAUUCACGGGCAUCGUUGUCGAAGUCGGACCCAAAGUGCGGACGUUCAAGAUCGGUGAUAAAGUUGUCUCGCCGUUCACCGUAUCUUGCGGUGACUGCUUCUAUUGCAGGAAUGGUUGGACGUCCCGUUGUGUCGAUUGUCUGGUAUUUGGUUCCGAAAGGCUUGAUGGUGCCCAGGCCCAAUUUGUGCGCGUACCACUCGCUGAUAGCACCGCCUUCAAGGCUCCUGAAGGCAUCUCAAAUAAUGCACUGAUUUUGAUGGCAGAUGUAUUCCCAACUGGCUAUUUCGGCGUGAAGAGUGCCAUGGCUAUGUCCCCGAGCGUAGAUGGGUCUACUAUAGUGAUUAUUGGGUGCGGUCCUGUUGGGCUUUGUGCCAUUGUAUCCGCUCUUCACUUCCGACAGAGGAACAUAUUUGCCAUCGACGGCAUCGAGAGCCGGCUGAAGAUAGCCGAGAACCUUGGGGCUAUUCCGCUCAAUUUCAAGGACGGUUUGGCCAGCAUGCAAGAACGAGUUUGGCGGGUGACUGAAGGGCGCGGUGCCGACAUGGUAGUUGAGGUCGUUGGCAAGUCGCCAGCCCUGCGAACCGCCUAUGAGUUGGUGAGGCCAUUUGGUACCAUUAGCAGUAUUGGCGUGCAUAACGCCGAGAUACCUUGGUCGGGUGCUGAAGCCUAUGGCAAAAACUUGCGUGUGCAGAUGGGUCGCUGUCCCGUCCGACAUGUCUUCUCCGAAUGCCUUCCAGUAUUAGAACAAGUUCAAACUCAACUUGAAUUCAUGUUCGAUCAUAUACUACCGCUCUCCUCGGCAGUGGAAGGUUUUGCGGCUUUCGAUAGGAUGGAGGUGCAAAAGGUAGUAUUGAAGCCUUGAGUCUCAUCGUGCUACAUAUGUAUGGGAGGUAGAAAGGAAAUAGGCAUCCUAAGUCUUGACGUAGCCCACCGUUGGAAAUGCCUGGUCAGUUUGUUCCAUCAAUUCAUGACACAGCCUGGGCCCAGAGGGUUAGAGUUGGAACUUUAUAUGAAGUCUUAUAACCAUG